GAGCGUGGCGAAGAUGGCGGAGCACAACGCGGUCCCCAGCGAUCUGUACAAAUAUAUAUAUUCGUUUUUGCUCGAGAACAAAUUCGCCGAGGUGGCUCAGAAGUUUGCCAGGAAAACGAAAGUGAACCCACUAGAUGAAAAUGAGCAGGGGCUCCUCGACAUCUACAGCUUCUGGGUGAAGUCAUCUGAAGCCAGGAAAAGAAAAGCUCUUUCCAACGAGGCCCAUGCCAACGUCGGUCCAUCAGCCAAGAAAGCUAAGAUCAGUGCAGAGAGCUCUAGCAGUGAAGACUCCAGCAGUGAGGAUGAGGCAGCAGCACCACCAAUUAAAGCAGCUCCUACAAAUAAACCUAAAGCUGCUAAGAUUGUGCCUGCUAAGGCAGCAGCUGGUAAAACUGCAUCUAGCAGCAGUGAAGAUUCCAGUGAGUCUGAGGAUGAGGCAGCAUCUACAAAAACUCCUGCAAAGGCUCCAGUGAAGGCCCCUGCUGCAGCAACAGGCACAAGGAAGAAAGACUCCAGCUCCAGCAGUGAAGAAUCUGACUCUGAGGAUGAGCAGCCAGCCAAAGUCCCUGCUCUCAAACCAAAGGCUGCUGCAGUCACAGCUCCCAAGGCUACUGUCCCAGCUAAGAAAAAGCAGGAGAGUAGUAGCAGUGAGGAUGAUUCCUCUGAAGAUGAAGAGCCAACUAAGGUUUCUGUCAAGGCCCCAGUCAAAGUGAAAACCCCUCCGGGCCCUGCAAGAACUGCUGCUGCAGCUGAAUCCAGCAGUGAAAGCUCUUCUUCUGAGGAAGAUGAGGGUCCACCCAGUAAAAAACCCAAACCAGGACCAUACAGUGCUGUCCCACCACCUGCUCCAGCCCAGAAAGCCCCAGCAGCCAGCGGCACCAAGGACAGUGACUCCUCAGACAGCAGCAGUGACAGCAGUGAUGACGAGGAAGAGAAAAAGGUGCCAGCUAAACCUGCCCCCGUGAAGACCCCCCCUUCCAAACCCAAUACACCUAAAGCUGCUGCAAAGAAGCAAGACUCUAGCUCAGACAGCUCAGAUUCAAGCUCGGAUGAAGAGGAAAAGAAGCCUGCAGCUAAGACCCCACCACCCAAAGGAACCCCAGCCAAACCUGCACCAGUCAAACCUGCCCUAGCCAAGGCUGCACCUGCCAAGGAAGACUCCUCAGAAGAGGACUCCAGUUCUGAGGAGGAGGAGGUGAAGAAGCCUUCAAAGAAGGUGACUCCUUCCAAGACGGCUUCCGCUAAAUCUGUCCCAGCUAAAGUCACACCUGCUAAAGAAGACUCCUCCUCAGAGGAGGACUCGAGUUCUGAAGAGGAGGAGUUGAAGAAGCCUUCGGUGAAGGUGACUCCUGCCAAGGCUGCUCCCACUAAACCUGUCCCAGCUAAAGUCAAACCUGCAAAAAAAGACUCCUCUUCAGAGGAGGACUCAAGUUCUGAAGAGGAGGAGGUGAAGAAGCCUUCGGUGAAGGUGACACCUGCCAAGGCUGCUCCCGCUAAACCUGUCCCAGCUAAAGUCAAACCUGCAAAAAAAGACACCUCCUCAGAGGAGGACUCAAGUUCUGAAGAAGAGGAAGCAAAGAAACCUGCAACUAAAGCUACACCAGCCAAGACGCCUCCAGCUAAAAAAGAUGACUCCUCAAGCUCAGAUAGCAGUUCUGAAGAUGAGACCUCAGGAAAACCUGCCGCAAAACCUGCUGCCACAGCAAAGCCUGCUGCCGCUUCUGCUUCGAAACCCCCGGCCAAGAAAGCGGAGAGCAGUUCAUCAGAAGAGUCUUCUGAUGAGGAGGAUGAACCACCCAAAGUCAAGCCAGUAGUAGCUAAACCAGUUACCUCAGCCACAAAGCCUGCAAAGGCUGCUCCAGUGGCGGAGAGCAGCUCUGACUCUGACUCCUCUGACAGUGAGCAAGAGGCGGCUAAGGCCAAGCCAGCAGCAGCUAAAACAGCUGGGCAGACUUCCAAGCCUGCCACCCCCAUAUCUAAACCUGCUGCAGCAGCUGGGAGCAGCUCUGACUCUUCAGACAGCUCUGAUUCUGAGACUGACGCGAAGACCGCCCCUGCCAAGCCUAAACUAACCAAUGGCAAGGCAGCUACGUCUAAGGCUGCCGCCACUCCAGCAGCCAAGCCAGCUGAAUCCUCAUCUAGUGACAGUAGUUCUGACGAAGAGGAGGAAAAGGCCAGCAAAAAGACUGUGAAACCGGCUGCUGUAGCCGCAACACCAAAAACGACGCCAGCAGCCAAGUCUAAAGCCCCAGAGAGCAGCAGCUCCUCAGACAGUUCGUCAGAUGAGGAGGAAGCGAAGCCGACAGCAGCCUCAGCACCCGUCACCCCGACAACAAAUGGCACAGGUACAAACGGCAAGGAGAAAGAUGGAGAUUCAUCUGAAAGUGAGGAGGAGAAGACUGAAGUCAAGACUCCCAAAACCAAGAAAAAAAUGACAACACCACAAACGUUUCCUAAAGCCAAGGAGAAGUCUGCCAAUGUACCUUUCCGUAGAAUAAAAGAGGAGGACAUAGACGUGGAUCAUCGUCUGGCAAAUAAUUCCUUUGAUGCAAAGCUUGGAGCCAGUGGUGACUGGGGCCAGAAAGCUAAUGACGUGCUCAAGUUUACCAAGGGAAAGUCCUUCCGUCACGAGAAGACCAAGAAGAAGCGUGGUAGCUACCGCGGGGGAGCCAUUUCCACUUCGGUCAACUCCAUCAAGUUUGACAGUGACUAAGGGCCUUUUACACACCUGUACCCCGACCUACCCAGGUAGUGUUUUGCACCUACUUGAUCAGGACUAUCAGAGCUGUCAUUCCCAUCCCUCCCUCCCAAUCCUCAUGCACAGUUCCCCGAUCACCCCAGUCCUUCCGGUGGCAGCAGAAUCCUGAAUGGAAUGUGAACUGUAACACUGAGCUGGCCGUUACAUGCAGUUGGCAGCUCUUAGCUCAUAAUGGAGUCGGAUCCUUUCAGCUCUGGUUUAAAACAUGGUUCAGUGGAGGUUGGGGGGGGGGGGUCUUCAUUGCCCUGCUUAGAUUACAUUGAACAGUCCCUCCAGGAUUUCGCUGGCUUUUUUUUGUUUUGUUUUGGGGAUUGUUACGGGCUAAAAUGCCUGAUUUCACGGCAGCAUUUCUAAAAAAUUGCAAUGCAUGUUGUGAUGUUUUUAGUCGUUUUUUGCAAUGAACUUGCAGCAGCAAGUAAAAAUUGCAAAAAUAGUUGCUUUUUUGGGGGGGGGGUUUAAAAUUCAUUAAAAAUCGAAGGCGACUUUUUCCAAAACCGCACUUUUCUGAGUGUUAUAAGUAACCUGACCAAAAAAGGCUCAGGGUUACAAAGAAUCAUGCAAACAGGCAAGCACGCGUCCCCACUAACCAUGCAUAUUGAGUCCAACUCACCUUGAUUCUUUGCGCGCUUGCAGUAGAUCUGGAUGCAACAUCCUGUCAUGGUGAUUUGUCUCGUCUGUUGUCCAUGCGUUUCAGCCAGUCUCCGGGUGUGUUUCGCGGUUGAAAACUGCUCGUCAAUCAAGGAUUUUCAGUUGUGUUCCACCACAACGUUGCACAUGGUGCAAAACGGUUUACCCCCGCUUUCGUGCAGAACAUCAGGGAAUUGCCUUGCACGGUCUUCGGCAGUGGGUGGCGCAGUGGUUAGCGCCGUCGCCUCACAGCAAGAAGGUCCUGGGUUCGAGCCCCGGGGUAGUCCAACCUUGGUGGGUCGUCCUCUGUGUGGGGUUUUCAUGUUCUCACCGUGUCUGCAUGGGUUUCCUCCGGGGGCUCCGGUUUCCACCCACAGUCCAAAGACCUGUAGGUCAGGUGAAUCGGCUGUACUAAAUUGUCCCUAGGUAUGUGUGUGUGUGUGUGUGUGUGUGUGUGUGUGUGUGUGUGUGUGUUGGCCCUGUGAUGGCCUGGCGGCCUGUCCAGGGUGUCUCCCCGCCUGCCGCCCAAUGACUAUAGGCUCCAGCGUCCCCGCGACCCUGACAGCAGGAUAAGCGGUUCAGGUAAUGGAUGGAUGUACGGUCUCCAGCAGUGAUUUCAGUUGGUAAAUGUGGGACGUUGCAUCUUCACAACCAGAAACAAGGGAGUGAAUUUGGUGACGUAUGGCUCAGUGCUUUGCUAUGGACUGCUAUGAUCGGUCAACUUUGCGGAAAGGUUGCGGUGAUUGGACAAGUUGGCUGAAUUUGCGGUAAUUGUUGCGAAAUCCUGGAGGCACUGAUUGAAAGUGUUGCAAGUUACUGCGUUUAGCCACUAGGUGGCUGUAGACCACCAGUUGAGUUGGAUAUUUGGGCCUUGUAGUUUACUUGACAUGGAUCGUGCGUAAACAUCUUUCAGUAUCAGUUGUAACCUAAUUCAUAUGUUGAUGUCCAGAUUUUAAUGUUGGUUUGAUAUCGGCCAUAAAUAAUUCAGCCCAGAGAAGAACGACGGGGUGACCUGGAUCGUCUUUCAUACAGAUUGUCGGUAUUUGGGGGAUUUUAUAUUUUAUCUUCCUCUAAAUGUUGGGUGUCGGUCAGCGGCUUUGUCUCAGCAAUUCCCUAUUAAUUGAUCAAAGAAUAGGAUUUAUAUUUUUUAUUAAGCCAUUUGUCUUCUGACCUUGAGGACCCCCCCCCCAUGUGCUGCUAAGAACACCAUCACUUCCUGCUGAGGGCUGAUCAUGACAGUCCUCCUAAUUACAAUCAACAGUGAAUAGUUGACAUGCUGAGUCUGUUCACUAUCAACCUGAUUAACAGACCGUGAUUUUUCAAUGUUUUCUUUUGCCGCUCUUAAUGUUCCCUCAACCUGUAUCUUUUUUCAGUGAUAUUUUAACUGUAAUUAAACGUCUGCCAG